AUGGCGUCCAACACCCCCUUCCGCAUGCAGUGGGGUCUGCUCGUCGCGGCAUUGUUGCUGCUGCUGCUGGCCCUCCCGCUCGUCGCCGCACAAGACGCUACGUCAGCAGCGACAGCGAGCGCGUCCAGCUUUGGGGACUCGUCCUCAACAGUGACAGCGUCUGCCGCGUCCUCGACCAUCACCUCGUUGGCCACGUCAACAGCGACAAACAGCACAAUGACGUCGUCGUCGUCGUCGUCAGCCGCCAAGACCUCGUCUGUGGCUAGCACGACCAAGUCAGCCUGGGAAGGCGCACCGACAGUGAACAUUACAACGCUCAACGGGAACCUCACUCUGCCAUAUCUGAACAAGACAAACCCCGUCGUCGUGGUGCAGUGGCCGGCCAACCUGACCAGCGUGGCAGUGACCCUCAACAUUGCGCAGUUGGGGUCCAACACCAGCGAGAUCCCCAGUGUAUUUGUCGACAUUGCCAAGCCGUACGACUAUUCCAUGGGUCGCACGUCCAGAGACUCGUCCAGUGGUGGUACUAGCUCUGGAGGAUACAACCUGAAAUCUGGCACUACGUGGGAGGUGGUCUGGGACCAAGGGUUUGCCAACUGGACAUAUGGGCUCAACAUCAACACGGGCGAUACACAAACUGGUGACCCAGUGCAACCUUCGUUCUUGAUAGGAAGGGGAAUCGACAGUGACUAUUCAAUAGACAAUUCGUCCAUCUAUGGUGGAAACGCCAUAAUCACCCUCAACGUUGUGCAGGACUACGAGUCCGGCAUUAUCCCUGGCCUUGCAACUUCGUCGCCCUUACUAGGAGACUCGACCAACGACUCGGUUCUCAUUUUCUCCCCGCUCCUGUAUGCGGACCCAAUGAUCCAGCCGACGUAUCCCAACUACACUCUUCCCCCGGCCACCUUGUCAAGACCAGAGUGGGACCCAAUUUGGGCAGCAGGAGACUACAACGACACGUCCUACUUUGGCACCUCACCCAACUUGACUGUCGCGAUUGUCCCGACCGACAAGUCACCCAUCGACCAAGGCCUGGGCAACUCGAUUGCAGCCAUAGCCCUCGCGUUCGACAACACCAUCGAGGCCUCGGCUUUCCUCACCGAGACCAAGUGGCUGCGUAUCGGCGGGGUGGAAGGGUUCAGGACGUACUUUGUCGUCGACGGUCUGCAAGCAAACACGAAUUACACUUUCUGGGUGUACGACGACGAGACACAGACAAUCACAUCGCCAGCGUGGUUUGUCACCAAGAGCAACGACUUUCCGUGUCCUCUUGUGCUCCCCACCGACACGUGUCCCGGUAUCGGCUACGCAUCUCCCAUCGCACCGCUAAGCGCUUCGCCUGUGACCGAGAUCCCUGACGCCUUCAUGGGCAACCUGACAAACUUUUUAAACUCGUUCCAGACCUCGAUACAGGCCACCGGUCUCGUCUGUGGGCGAGACUAUUAUUCAUUUGUGUCGUCCUGUCUCGACUGCCACACCGCAUACCGCGACUGGCUUUGCAGGAUCAUGCUACCGCAGUGCGCGCCGACCAACCCGUCCAACUUUUCCGACACGGGCGCCUCCCCAGCUCCCCAAGGGCCAUUUACGGUCAACCGCACCGUCGACGAACCGCGAAACCCAUCCUUGCCAGCGUACGAGUACGACUACGUCGAGCUCCAGCCGUGCAUCUCGGUGUGCACGGCCGUGGACCGCGCGUGCCCAAACUACAACUUGGGCUUUAUCUGUCCACACCGCCACUUCAACGCAAACGAGAGCUAUGCGUUUAUCGGCAGCGAAGACAGUGACCCGGACGGGACUACAAGCACGGGGUGGCCGUCCACGGACAUCUGGGGCAACAGGUGGUGCAACGGGUACAACUAG